UCCUCCAGUGACAUCUAGCGUAUAGUACUCUAAAAUACCUUUCCAAUGGUAUAUAAUUAUUGUAUAUUGGGUAAAUUUUGGGGGUCGUAUGACAUUAAUAAAAAUGUAUUCAAAAUUGGGCUCGAUUGAGCGUCUGAAACAGGUUAAGCAUGAAAUUCUAAUCCGAUAAUUUUACAUAAUGAUCUUUUCUCUUGUUGCGGCGUUAAAUUUUUUAUCACUUUGUCCGGUGCCUUUACUACUGGAAAACUAAGCAAUAGCUAUUUUUUUGCCUUUACCUGUGAUGCUCUAAUUGCUAAAGCGAUAGCUAUUUUCUUACCUUUACCUGUGAUGCUCUAGUUGUCGCCAUUUUUUUAAAUUUGUUGUGUACACGGAAAAGCAAUGUUUCUGUGUGGCCCAACCAAAAUCGAAUAUUUAGUUGAUUCGAACCGAAUACUUUUCUCGAAUUAAACUGAUUAUCGAAUAUUAUUGGGCAAUCCUAAAUUUGUCUCUAUUGCUACCCCUAAGUGAUAGGACGACUUACUGUGAACAAUUGCCCCAAUGGCCAACAAUGAAAUAUAAAACUAAGCAGUUGGGUUUUAUAUGUGUUUCUUAUUUUUUCCACACAGUGAUUGUAGUUUUAAUAGUACAGAAAAGCAAACCUCUGAGUGGCGCUGUGACAAAUAAAUAUUUCGACAUGGAUAUUAAAGAAAAAUCUCGUACUUGUGAAAUAUGUGGAAAAAAUUUUACAACACUUGCUCACUUGAAUCAACACCUAAGAGCCCAUACUGGAGAAAAACCUCAUGCUUGUAAAAUGUGUGGAAAAAAUUUUGCGCGGUUAGAUCACUUGAAAUGCCAUGUAACAAGCCAUACCAAACAAAAACCUCAUGUUUGUGAAAUAUGUGGGAAAGGUUUUAAAGGGAAACGUAACUUGAAAUACCACAUGCAAACCCAUACAGGAGAAAAACCACAUGCUUGUGAAAUAUGUGGAAAAUGCUUCAUAAGGCCAGAUUGUGUGAAAAUCCACAUGCAUGUCCAUACAGGGGAAAAACCAUAUAGUUGUGAAAUAUGUGGAGAAAAUUUCGCAUAUCCUGAUACAUUAAAACACCACAUGCAAAUUCAUAAUCUGAAAACAUAUGUUCAUGUCUGUGAAAUAUGUGGAAAAGAUUUUAGAACGCCAAGUCACUUGAAAAGGCACAUGCGAACCCACACUGGAGAAAAACCACAUGUUUGUGAAAUAUGUGGAAAAAGUUUCCCAUUGCCAAUCACUCUGAAAAACCACAUGCGAAUUCAUACUGGUGAAAGACCUUAUGCUUGUGAAAUAUGUGGAAAAGAUUUCAAAAGGGUUGAAACAUUGAAAUUUCAUAGGCGAACACAUACAGGAGAAAAACCUCAUGCUUGUAAGAUAUGUGGAAAACAUUUUGCUCUAACAAGUUCCUUGCAAAAGCACAUACGAACUCAUACUGGAAAAAAACCUUUUGCUUGUGAAAUAUGUGGGAAAGAUUUUGCAUGGGCAGGUAAUUUGAAAAAGCACAUACGAACGCAUACGGGAGAAAAACCUCAUGUUUGUAAAAUAUGUGAAAAAGGUUUUGCUAGUAUAAGUGAUUUGAAAGUACACAAGCGAACGCAUACUGGUGAAAAACCUUAUGCUUGUGAAAUAUGUGGGAAAGGUUUUGCUUCACUUGGUUCUUUGAUAGGCCACAAACAAACUCAUAACAGAACAAAACCUAAUGCUUGUGAAGUAUGUGGGAAAGAUUUUGCAUGGUCAAUUAGUUUGAAAUACCACAUGCGAACACAUACUGGGGAAAAGCUUCUUGCUUGUGAAAUAUGUGGGAAAAAUUUUACAAGGCGUGAAUCUUUAAAAAGACACAUUUUAACACAUACCAGAGUGAAACUUCAUGCUUGUGAAAUAUGUGGGAAAGAUUUUGCAAGGCGUGAUACUUUGAAAAACCACAUGCGGAUUCAUACUGAAGACAAACCUCAUGCUUGUGAUAUAUGUGGAGAAGAUUUUUCAAGAUCAGAUUAUUUGAAGAGACACAUGAAGACUCAUAUGUUGUAAAACCUGUUUUUAAUAUUUUUUUUGUCUGAUUUGCUUCUUGCUCUGUUUCCUUGGAUCAGAACUUAAAACUUACAUCCCAUGACUCGGCUCAUCAAACAAUUUAGUGUGGUUCUUGUCAACAGUUAGAUUUUACCCUAUUAAGCAUAAAAUCCUAAUCCGAUGAUUUUACAUAAUGAUCUUCACUCUUGUUGCGGCGUUGAAUUUUUUCCACUUUGUCCGGUGCCUUUACUACUGGAAAACUAAGCAAUAGCUAUUUUCUUGCCUUUACCUGUGAUGCUCUAGUUGUCGCCAUUUUUUUAAAUUUGUUGUGUACAUGGAAAAGCAAUGUUCCUGUGUGGCCCAACAUUAGCUUACAUAUAGGGCUGUCCAAAAUCGAAUAUUUAGUUGAUUCGAACCGAAUACUUUUCCCGAAUUAAACUAAUUAUCGAAUAUUAUUGCGCAAUCCUAAAUUUGUCUCUAUUGCACAAUAAAAACUUCCUGGUCGAUAUUGUGAUAACGUAUGUGCAGUUACAUCUAAAUUAUUGCUAAUAUUUUGCAUAACUAUGUUUCCAGCGUUAUAAAAAGAGAUCACAAGCAUCCUUUAACUGGUGAAAAAAUUAGGGUUUCGAAAACUAUCAAGUUUUAAGAGUUGGAAAUUGCACAGACUCUCAUCAUUACAUUAUUUACUCAGUUUUAAUGAAUUCAAUUUUAAUAGGGCAUGCAAAUCCUGUAGUUGCUAUUUUAAUUCUAUUAUCAUUAUUUAUCGAAUUUAAUCGGUAAGUAUGUUGAUAGGUAUUUGUCUGUCUGUCUGUUAGAUGCACGCGAUAUUUCACAAAAGCGAGAUAGAAUCUGCUCCAGAUUUUGC